AUGAAGAGGGAAGGAUCUUCCAUGAAGAAAGAGAUCAAAUCUCUUGAAUCAAGGAUGAAAAAAUUGGAAGAUCAGGCCGAGGCGGCUACUAAGGCCCAGCAGAUGGCCGAGGAGAAAGCGGAGUCUGCUGAGGCUAUCCAAAAAGUAGUUGAAGCUGAGAAGAAGGAGGCCGAAGUGAAAAAGGCCCAGGCUGAGAAGGAGCUCCAGCAGGCUUUGGCCACCAAGGAGACCGAAGUCAAAGAAGCUGAUGAAAAGACUGAGGCUGAUGCCGAAGAUGAGGAUGAAGGAAAAAAUGAUGAUGAGGCCUUUGUGAGAAAACCCAAGGAUGCUGCUGAAGCUAAGUCCCCUCCUCCUGUUGAGCAAGUGAUGGAUUUAACCUUGGAUGAGGAGGGUGAUGAGGUUGGGGGGGGGGCACCCAAGGAAAUUGCCAUCGGGCAACUAUCAUCCGACCUUCUUUUGGCUGAAAGAAAUCUAGACAAUACGCUGGCUGAGAUUGAUGCUGAGAUUGAAGCUGAAAAGGUUGCCGAGGAGGUUCCACCAGAAUCGUCCGAGGUCCCAGUCCUUGCAGCGGCUAACACUGAAGAGUCUUGA